AUGGAGGGGAAACCCGGCGUCCGGGCAAAACCCCUGAAAAGAAAACCCAACCACCACAAAAAACCGUCGCUAUCACAGCGGAUCACCACGGCCGCACUUAUUAGAAAGGCCAAGGCGAAGACAAGAACGCGAGGAACUACGUUCCCCCGGACGGUGGUCUCCCAACGCCCCCUACUCCUGCCAUUGGUACACAGACCGCAACAGUUGUGCGCCUUUCCCCGCAUGGAAAACAUGGCCUCUCCCAAGUGCUAGAAACUGCUACAGCUACUCCGGCAAUUCAUCAGCUUGCGCUGGUGAUACUGCAGACUGGCCCUGCUAAGGGCCUUGGUGAGGAGGUCCGCGUGUUGCUCCGUUGUCGGGACAAACUUGACCGA